CUGCAAGAUGAGGAUACCGGUCUGCACAUGUGACGAUUACAGCGAGUUACAUGUACUUUGAGCCCUUUUCACGCAAAGAGACCAACAACUGGUGGAUAUUUUCGUGUGAAAUCUGCAAAGACACGAAACAAAAUGAGAUUGUAUUGUCUAUCCAGCGAACCAACCAAGCCAUGUUUGGUUCUAAGCUUCAAAGGCAUAACGCUGAUGUUGGACUGUGGUUUAAACAUGCAGUCCAUUUUGCACUUUAUGCCUUUACUCAUGGUCCCCAAUAGCAAGUUCAAUUCUUUGCCGAAUUGGCUGCCGCGUGAUAAUCAGCAAGAUUGGCAAAUUGAAGGGGAGUUGAAGGAAUGUUGUGGCAGACUCUUUGUGGAUUCAAUUCCCGAGUUCUCUCCUCCUCUGGAGAAAAUAAUCGAUUUCUCAGAGAUCGACGCUAUUCUGAUAUCUAAUUACACCUGCAUGCUUGCACUGCCGUUUAUAACGGAGGGUACAGGCUUCAAAGGUAUAGUAUAUGCCACUGAGCCGACGUUGCAAAUCGGACGAUUUUUCAUGGAGGAACUGGUGGAGUUCAUUGAACGGACGCCGAAGGCCACGAUGGCGAAGCAUUGGAAGGAGAUGCUGCACAUGUUGCCGCUUCCGCUGGCGGAUGUCGUCAAGCCCAAAUCCUGGAGGCAGAUCUAUUCCGUGUCGGCAGUGAACUCAGCGCUGUCGCACAUUCAAAUGGUUGGAUACGAUCAGAAGCUGGACGUGUAUGGCGCUUUAACGGUCACGCCUAUUAGCUCGGGAUACUGUUUAGGUAGUAGUAAUUGGUUGAUAUCGUCCGAUUAUGAGAAGGUUGCUUUCGUCAGUGGCUCGUCCACGUUGACCACUCAUCCUCGUCCCAUGGAACAGGCUACGCUGAAGCAUGCCAACAUGUUGAUACUGACAGGUUUGACGCAAACGCCAACGGCUAAUCCAGACACGAUGCUAGGCGAGCUGUGCAUGACUGUUGCUGUUACUCUCAGAGCCGGUGGAUGUGUUUUGAUACCUUGCUACCCGUCCGGCGUGGUGUACGAUCUCUUUGAAUGCCUGAGCACGCACUUAGACAAGUCAGGCUUCACGCAGGUGCCUCUGUUCUUCAUCUCGCCGGUGGCAGAGACGUCCUUGGCUUACUCGAACAUCCUCGCCGAAUGGCUGUCGACAAAUAAGCAAAACAAAGUUUAUCUUCCAGAGGAACCGUUCCCACACGCUUUCCUCGUGAAGAAUGCGCGAUUGAAACACUACACGUCCACGUACGCCGAGGGAUUCAGCAGCGACUACCGGCAGCCGUGCGUCGUCUUCUGCGGCCAUCCCGGUCUCCGAUUCGGCGACGCCGUGCAUUUCGUGCAGUUGUGGGGCAACAAUCCCCUACACACUGUCAUAUUCACGGAGCCAGACUUCCCAUAUCUGGAUGCCCUUGCGCCGUUCCAACCCUUGGCUAUGAAAGCGGUGCACUGUCCUAUCGACACUUCUCUCAAUUUCACUCAAGCUAACAAGCUCAUACGCGACUUGAAGCCGGAACACCUGGUUAUCCCAGAGGUUUACACGCAGCCACCUGCGACUGCGCCACACAGGGCGGAUCUAGUCAUCGAAUCUGUCGGAGAGAAGCCCCUAAUUACGUUUAAACGCGGAGAGGUAAUAAAGUUGCCAAUAAAGCGGAAAAAGGGUCGCGUGUUCAUCGAGCCAGAGCUAGCCGGCAACAUUCAGCCGACUGAGGUGCGGCCAGGAUUGAGCCUCGCUUCGGUUACCGGAGAGCUGGAAGUCAAGGAUAAUGUAUAUACCAUAAAGAGUAUAGAGGACAAGCCGAGUGGAAAGAGGAAGAUGUCGACAAACUCGCCCGCUCCGGUCAAGGAGGAGGUGCUGAAGGAGCGGAAACACGAAUACGGAACUUUGGACCCGCAGGAGUUGCUGCAGAAGCUAAACCAGGAGGGCUUUCAGGGCGCCAAGUUACAGCACAGUCCUACGUCCACGAGUAUUCAUUUGCAAGACGAGGACACUCUGAUUCAGAUCGGCGAUAAUUCUACGCAUAUCUUUUGCAACGGCGAUCAAAAGAUCCGCAGACGGCUCAGGACUAUAAUAAUGCAGUGUCUGAAAAGAUUUUAAAGAUUUUAUUUUUCAGAGAUUUUCGAGGAUUUUGAGAAUAUUUUGACAGCACUCUGAUAUCAUGCAAAAAAAUGUUUUAUACAACCUACGCUGUACAUAGAUAUAAUUUAUUGUAUUAAAAAUAUCUAUUUUUUUUAUUUUUUCACUCACUUUCAUUUCAUAGCAUCGAUCUGCUAGCUAUCAAGUAAUUUGUUAAAAAUCAAGUAAUUAAAACAUUGUAUCGUCUAGUCUUGCGAAAUAAAUAGCAAUGUUUUGAAACGCAACAUUUUGCGAUAUACAUUUAAAAACAAUUUUAAUGAUGUUGCCGUCCAAGCACGUACACAAAUGACACAUUAAUUUUAUUGCAAAUAUAUUAUUGUAUCGUUAUCGUAAAAUGUUAUUAUCACACAUGACUGACGAAAUAAAUGAUGAGGUAUCAC